UAACCGCGUGGCCGCACUGCUCAUGCUCGGGGCUUUGUGCAGGAGGUUCCCCCGUCACAAACCAGCUGUGGAGCAGGAGAGCGAUAGCAGACAGCUCCGGGGAGAGCUGCGGCUGUCGCAUCCUGAGACAACGAACCCGGGCAGAGGGCACGUCUUUGUCUGGCAGCACGCGCACACAUCCGGCGAGGGUGGGAGCAGCGCACGGCGUUCAUCGGAGCUCCGUGCUUUUCUGCUGAUUUAUCUCCGGGAUUUACAGCCUUUUGACGCUGAGGCAGCAUCAUCCGGUCGCGGUGUUUACAUCGGAUCCUUGACCACAGUGGAAGUUUAUCUGGAAGACUUGUUGGGCACGCGCCGCAGAGCGCGUAACAGGGGCUUCUAUGUUUGUGUUGCUGCGAACGGAUUGGUCCGGUUGGAAUUGCGUUUACGGUGUUUUUUUAAAGGUCGAAACUGUUUCCACCAAAGUUUCCGGUCCCGCAGCUUUCCCCACACCGCUCUGCAUGUUCCGAUAGAGCGUAAUCACUGCUUCCCGGAGCCCUUUCCCCCGCGUCACAGGUCGGAUACUUUAUAUCGACCCCACUGCUGAUAACUGAUCACCUCACAGCGUAAAGGUGACACCUCGUUUUUGUUCUGUUCCGGGGGCUGCAGCCCCCCCCACAAAAAAAAGACACUUCGCGUCCAUCAUGGAUGAUGUCGGAGGGAUGCAUCUGUGCACCUGGGCGGCCACGAGACGCGUCUUGAGAACGUACCUGGGAGUGCUCGUGAUGCUUCAUCUCGUGCUCCGCGCGGAAGCCUCCUCGGUGUCCGAGUCCUGCGAGAAAGACUGCUUGUCGGGGAAGUGCAUCAACGGGACCUGCGUGUGCGAUCACGGAUGGGUCGGGGAUCAGUGUCAGCACUGUCAGGGGAGAUUCAAGUUAACAGACCUGUCAGGCAUCCUCACAGAUGGACCAGUAAACUAUAAGUAUAAGACCAAAUGCACCUGGCUAAUAGAAGGAUAUCCUAAUGCAGUACUCAGGCUGCGCUUCAAUCACUUCGCCACAGAGUGCAGCUGGGACCACAUGUACGUCUAUGAUGGAGACUCCAUUUACGGCCCUUUGAUUGCUGUCUUCAGUGGUCUAGUAGUACCAGAGACGAGGGGCAAUGAGACGGUCCCGGAGGUAGUGACGACGUCCGGCUACGCACUGCUCCACUUCUUCAGCGACGCUGCCUACAACCUGACCGGCUUCAGCAUCGCCUACUCGAUAAACUCCUGUCCCAACAACUGUUCGGGCCACGGCAGAUGCAGCACAGCCAACUCGGUCUCGGGCCGAGUGUACUGCGAGUGCGAGGAGUACUGGAAAGGAGAGGCCUGCGACAUCCCGUACUGCCGGGGCAACUGUGGCAGCCCGGGUCACGGCUACUGUGACCUGACGGGAGAGAAGCUCUGCGUCUGCAACGACAGCUGGCAAGGUCCAGACUGCUCUCUGUCCGUUCCCUCCACUGAGGCCUUCUGGGUGCUGCCGAGCGUCAAACCGUCAGCUCAGUCUCUGGGCCGGGCGUCCCAUCGGGCCCUGGUGCACUCUGGGCUGAUGUGGGUGGUGGGAGGAUACUCUUUCAACUACUCCAACUACCACAUGGUCCUCAACUACAACCUAGAGAGCGGUACGUGGGACGUGGUGGCGGUCAGCAGCGGUCCUCUCUACAGAUACGGUCACUCGCUGGCUCUGCACCAGGACGACAUCUACAUGUUUGGCGGGAAGCUGGAGGCCAAAUCGGCCAACCUGACGGACGAGAUGUGGGUGUUCAACAUCCCCCGGCGCACCUGGUCACUGCGGAAACCGGCCCCGCCUCCUCCCUACGCCCUGGAGGGACACAGCGCCCACGUGGUGGAGCUGGCCGACGGCGAGCAGGUGAUGCUGAUCUUCUUCGGCUACUCGCCGACCUACAGCUACAUCAACAAAGUUCAGGAGUACAACAUCAGGUCGAACUCGUGGCAGCUCGUGUCCGCUGAAGGCGCCGUGGUCCAGGGAGGUUACGGCCACAGCAGCGUGUACGAUGAGGCCAGCGGCUGCGUGUUUGUCCACGGGGGAUACAAGGCUCUCAGCAACAACAAAUACGGCCUGGUGGACCACAUGUACCGCUACCACGUCCACACGAAAACAUGGCUGAUCCUCGGGGAGAGUGGUGUGGCUCGCUACCUCCACUCUGCGGUGCUUCUGAGCGGCACAGUGCUGGUUUUCGGGGGAAACACUCACAAUGACACAUCGCUGAGCAACGGAGCCAAGUGCUUUUCUGCUGACUUCCUGGCGUACGAUAUAGCUUGUGAUGAGUGGACCGUCCUCCCCAGACCGGGGCUGCACCGGGACGCCAACCGAUUCGGACACUCCGCCGUGGUUAGCAACGGCUCCAUGUUCAUCUUUGGAGGUUUUUCGGGCCUCCUUCUGAACGAUGUGCUGGCCUACGCCCCUCCGUCCUGCCAGGCCUUUUCUAACCUGGCUUUGUGUGCUGCUGCUGGGCCGGGCCUUCGCUGCCAAUGGGUCAAAAGUAGAUGUGUCCCCUGGGAGCCAAAAGCACCCGAGCGCAGUUUCCCUGCUCCUUUUUGCCCCGCGAGACCUGACAGUACAGACGAGCGGUGUUUCCGGUUCUCAGACUGUGCCAGCUGUACCGCCAACACGCGGGGAUGUCAGUGGUGCGAGGACAGGAAGUGCAUGUCUGCAUCCAGUAACUGCACUGUGCUGACUCUGGAGCUGGCACAGCAGCAUGGCGGUGCUCUGUCUCUGUCUCGCCCACCGACCAUGUUGUCUGAACAUCAGCUGAGCUUGUGGAAGCACGGAGCCAGAAGGAGGGGACAUUCGGUGAGGGACUCGUCCGGCUGUAAGCGCAGGGAGGAGCAGGAGUGUUUCAGACUGGCUAACUGCAGGAGCUGCUCCCUCAACGUCAACUGUCAGUGGGAGCUGCAGCAGCAGGAGUGUCAAGCACUUCCUGGCCAGCUGUGUGGGGAGGGCUGGCACCAUGUCGGGGAGGCCUGCCUGAGGAUCAACUCCAGCAGUGACAGCUAUGACAAUGCCCAGCACUACUGCAAAAACCUGGGGGGAAAUAUUGCCUCUUUGCUCACAGACAAACAAGUCAAUUUUGUUCUGGAGGAGCUACAACAACACCAACUGCAAGACAAGACUUUGUCUCCCUGGGUUGGCUUGAGGAAGAUCAACGUGUCUUACUGGGGCUGGGAGGACGCGUCUCCCUUCACCAACACCAGCCUGCGUUGGUUACCUGGAGAGCCCAGCGACUCGGGCUUCUGUGCCUACCUGGAGCGGGCGCAGGUGGCUGGUCUUAAAGCCAACCCCUGCACGGCCACCACCGACGGCCUGAUCUGUGAAAAACCUGCCGGGAGUCCGCAGAGUCAAAGUGUUCGUCCCUGUCGGACACCUUGCUCCCUGCGCGCCAGCUGCGCCAACUGCACCAGCCAGGCCAUGGAGUGCAUGUGGUGCAGCAGUACGCAGCGCUGUGUCGACUCCUCGGCGUACGUCAUCUCCUUCCCCUACGGACAGUGUCUGGAGUGGCAGACCCAGGACUGCGCAGCCCAGAACUGUUCAGGCCUGAGGACAUGCGUCGAGUGUUUGGAGAGGACGGAGUGCGGUUGGUGCGGCGAUCCCAGUAACACCGGCAGGGGCGUUUGCAUGGAGGGGUCCUACCGAGGCCCCAUGAAGCCUGCCGGUGCCAGGGCCGGGCCCCCGGACAGACUACGAGACAGGGACAUGGUGCUGGAUCAGAGUCUCUGUUCGUCCGACAGAGGCUACAACUGGGCCUUCAUCCAAUGUCCCGCGUGCCAGUGUAACGGUCACAGCAGGUGUGUGAACGGCAGCAUGUGCGAGCACUGUGGGAACCUGACGGCGGGGGUGCACUGCCAGAGCUGCAUGCCCGGGUACUAUGGCGACCCCACCAACGGAGGGAAGUGCAACGGGUGCAAGUGUAACAGCCAUGCCAACGUGUGCCACGUCAACACGGGGAAGUGCUUCUGUACCACUAAAGGAAUCAAGGGAGACCAGUGUCAACUAUGUGACUCAGAGAACCGUUACCUUGGCAACCCUCUCCGGGGAACAUGCUAUUACAACCUGUUGAUCGAUUACCAGUUCACCUUCAGUCUUCUUCAAGAAGAUGAUCGCCACUACACAAGCAUCAACUUCAUGGCUACACCUGAACAGGCCAACAAGAACCUCGACAUGUCCAUCAAUGCCUCGAACAACUUCAACCUCAACAUCACUUGGUCCUUAAGCUCAACAGCUGGCACCAUCUCGGGGGAGGAGAUGCCCAUCAUAGCGAGGACCAACAUCAAGGAGCACCGGGACAGUUUCUCGUGUGAGAAGUUCAACUUCAGACUUCACCACAACAUCACCUUCUACGUCUAUGUGUCCAACUUCAGCUGGCCAAUCAAGAUCCAGAUUGCUUUCUCUCAGCACAACAGCAUCAUGGACCUCGUGCAGUUCUUUGUCACCUUCUUCAGCUGUUUCCUGUCUCUGUUACUGGUCGCUGCUGUGGUUUGGAAAGUCAAACAGACCUGCUGGGCCUCACGACGUAGAGAGCAGCUGAUGAGAGAGCGGCAGCAGAUGGCCAGUCGUCCCUUUGCUUCGCUAAAUGUAGCGCUGGAGGUGGGCGGUGACCAAGAGGAGCUGCUGCAGGCAGUGCCGAAGCCCGUAGCCAUGGAGCCAUGUUGGGGGAGCAGAGCAGGUGUUCUGACGGUGCUGCUGUAUCUGCCCAGAGUCCCAUCUGGAAUACCUCCACCAGGACAGUCUGGUAUUGCUAUAGCCAGCGCUCUGGUAGACACAUCACAACAGCGAGUAAUGGACUUCAAAGAAAGAGGCCUGGGUCUGAAGCACCGCAAACACACUGUGCACCACCAAGGGACCUGUGUAUGAACUGUAUUCCAUCAACUAGGUACCAUCGGGACCCCAGGGGAUAUUCUCAUGGACGUUAGACUAAGGGACACAUUGUAAACAAAGGCAAAGCCGGCAAAAAUUGGGUUUGGAUGGUAUUUGAUAGUGGCUGGUCAGCAGGCAUCAACACAGGGAAAAGCGGCACUCGUCCCUCAACAUGCUCUUCUAGUCUCUUGUGUGUAUAUGUUGGUCAUGAUGAGCCAGGAAACCAAGAACUGGACAGCUGCAGAUUGACAGCGAAAAUGCGUUUUUCCACCACAGCUUUGGUCAGACAUUUAAUAUGACUGCUGGCGGGCUUUUCCAGUUCCAUGCCAUAUGUGGCUCUUUAUCUCCAGGGCUCUACUUGUCUGUCAUGCAAUCUGCCAUACUGAGAGAGGAAAACACUUUGUUUUACACCAUUAAAACAAAUGAAAUGGCUUCGAGCUCCUGUGAAAGAUAUUGAGCUGAAAUGAACUGAGUUGAAAUGAAGUCCUCCUGACUUACAAACCCACUCAGACUCAUGAGCAAUGCUGGAAAGAACAACAUGGACCUAACUUGAUCAAACACUGUAGUGGGUGGUGUUCUGCGACAAGGAUUUGCUUGAGGAGAAAGUAUCCUCUGGGAACUUUAAAGACGACUACUGUUGAGAUGUUAAAGAACGAAGAUCAUUGGAUGUAACUAUUGACAUUUGUCCUUUAUGAAAUAUAUGUCAAUUUUGUUUUUCCCUGCACCAACAUUUGAAGUUUUGAUAUCUGCUCAGGUCCUCUGUAAUGGGAAAUGGUCCAUUAUCUGUAGCUGUGGGCCUUACACAUGUCUGUAUAUGCACUAUAAGUGAAAUGCUUCACCAGUACAUUAGGACCCUCUGUGGGAUAAUAUUAUGCAAGUAAUCAUCCAAAUGUUUAUUCUGGGCUGCAAUGUAACCUCAAGGUCGGUAUCAUCAAACACAUACUACUGAUGGUAUUCAGAUAUUACUGUGAAGAUACACUAUACUUCUGUUCUCAUGACCUGCAUUUCAUGCCCGUUUACUUGUGAUACAAACUUUUCUGUAACAUAUCUCCUUAUGUAAUAUUUAUAGAUUAUGCAAAUUACAGUUAAACGAUAAUUUAACAAAUGCACUAAGGUUUUUUGUUUUUUUAAACAGGAAGAUUAAACAAUAGAUAUUACAAAGAACGUCUGUGCAGUAUUUACUUUUUUGCUUGUACCCUCAGUGUCUUUUCAUUUCCAAAUAUUAUAGAUAUAUAUAUAUAUAUUAUGUAUAUCAUAGCAAUUUUGUGUGAUGUCAAAUGUUUUUUUCUUUCCCUUCACCAGUUGUGUUAAUACCUUCAUUAAAUAUUGUAAAGUCGCUUUUUAUCAACUGCACAUACACACAUUGAAAAGUUUGGAAUCGCCUGCCACUACAGUCUGAUUGGGUACAAUCAGAUGCCUGAGAGGACCUCACUGUAGUUCUCAAUGGUCUUUCAUUCAUUGAGAAAGUCUUCUUUACAACUAGAUGUUACUUUGUAUGAAGGCUUUGUUUUGUACAACACAAUGCUGUACAAUGGUUCAACCAGACAAAGAGACAAAGAUCCCUCUGAGCAAUAUCUGAAUAAGAACAGAUGAAAUCACCAGUCACUGGUCAAAUAAAUUGGAAGCGUAGCAUCAAAGUGUGUGUUUCAGUGUCAAGUGCACAAUAAUGCAGCCUAUAACAAGCUGGUAUUAACACUUGGGUUGCUUUGUCAAAGCUAUUCAUUAAACUGAAACUUGACAAGAAAUAGAAGGUUAGUCUAGGAUUAGCAUUAUUGGAACUGGAUCACAGAAUAUCAGAUGAACAUACGAUGGACUGACAAAAUUAAAACCGAUUCAAUCUAAUCACUGACUAGCCUGCAGUGGGCCAAAAGAAAAACAGCUUUCCAAAAAUACUGAGAGGCCAAUUGUACCGUUGUGGUUCAAUAGUGGCCGAGAGUCACGCUCUUUGGAUUGAAAACACUGGGACGAAAUAAAACUAUUUCAAAUGUACACACGACAUUUAGUGCCAUCAUUGAUUUAAAGAAGGAAAACUCAAUAUAACAGCUGAUUCCAAACUUUUGAACAGUAGUGGAUGUCUUCACGCACAUGUCCUGUCUAUAUAUUGAGGCUGAUUGUGUUCAUUCAGGCAUUUUGUUUUCAUGUACUUUUUGCACCAGUUUGUUGUCGAGACAAAGGGCAGCUCACCACACCGUUUGUAUCCAUAUGAGCAUAAACCUGUACAUUUACAAUUAAAACAUUUUGAUGCCUUUUUGGAUGGUAAUUUGA